GGUACUGAAAGAAAAAUUCCCGCGCGUCUACCUCACGAGCCUACGCGCGCGCAAACAGGAGAGCAUUUCACGCGCGGCAGAUGCUUCCCGGUCCUCGCUGAGAUGAUGGCUAUGUGGACGCUGUUCUGCAUCCUCGCCAUUGUGAAAAGCAGUCAUGGGGCUGAUACAGAAGAGAGACUUGUGGAGCAUCUUCUUAAUCCAGCUCACUACAAUAAACUGAUCCGACCAGCCACCAAUGGGUCUGAACUAGUGACAGUGCAACUGAUGGUCUCGCUGGCCCAGCUCAUCAGUGUGCAUGAGCGAGAACAGAUCAUGACCACUAACGUCUGGCUUACGCAGGAGUGGCAGGACUACCGUCUAACAUGGAACCCGGAUGAGUUUGAAGGCAUGAAGAAAGUCCGCCUUCCCUCCAAGCAUAUUUGGUUACCUGAUGUUGUCCUUUACAACAAUGCUGAUGGCAUGUACGAGGUAUCCUUCUACUCCAACGCGGUUGUCUCCUAUGAUGGCAGCGUCUUCUGGUUGCCACCAGCGAUCUAUAAGAGUGCUUGUAAAAUCGAGGUGAAGCACUUCCCGUUCGACCAGCAGAACUGUACACUAAGCUUCCGCUCAUGGACAUAUGACCGCACAGAAGUAGACCUGGUUCUGCGUGCGGAUGUCGCCAGCAUGGAUGACUUCACACCGAGUGGAGAGUGGGACAUCAUCGCUCUGCCUGGCCGUCGGAACGAGAAUCCCUCCGACCCAACCUACGUAGACAUCACGUAUGACUUCAUCAUCCGUCGAAAACCCCUUUUCUACACCAUCAAUCUCAUUAUUCCUUGUGUCCUCAUCACCUCACUGGCCAUCCUGGUGUUCUACCUGCCUUCAGACUGUGGGGAGAAGAUGACUCUGUGUAUCUCUGUCCUUCUGGCCCUCACUGUGUUCCUGCUGCUGAUCUCCAAGAUUGUGCCACCCACAUCUCUAGACGUUCCUCUGGUUGGGAAGUAUCUGAUGUUCACCAUGGUGCUGGUGACGUUCUCCAUUGUGACGAGUGUUUGCGUGCUGAAUGUGCAUCAUCGGUCACCUACCACACACACCAUGCCUCCAUGGGUAAAGCUUGUGUUCCUCAACAAGCUCCCCGCUUUGCUCUUCAUGCGACAGCCACGCAACAGCAGUGAACGGCAACGACUGCGCCAGCGUCGGCGAGCUAACGAACAGCAGGAAGGUGGGCGAGGGGGCCUGGCUGCUGGGCUUAUGGCAGGACUGGGCCUGGGAGACUCCACGUCCGGGAGUAAAGAGAUCAAUGAGGCGUGCACUUGCUAUGUGAACCGAGCCUCAGUGAAACAGUUUGGGGCAGAGUUUUGUGGAGGGGGAGGAGGGGGGUCGACUGAUGGACUAAACGGGUUAAGGGAAGGGGGGAGAGAGGCCAGGGAAGGAGGUUCCAAUCCAUUGCAGAGUUCUGCUCUGCCUCGUGGGAAGCAGCAACCCCCUACUGUCCUCACCCAGACGCUGCUGGCCCAGGCCUGCCCAGGGUUUGAGGAGGCUGUAGACGGAGUCCGCUUCAUUGCAAACCACAUGAAGAGUGAGGACGAUGACUGUAGUGUGAGCGAGGACUGGAAGUAUGUCGCCAUGGUGAUCGAUCGCCUAUUCCUUUGGAUCUUUGUUUUUGUGUGUGUUUUUGGCACAAUCGGAAUGUUUAUUCAACCGCUGUUCCAAAACUACACAGUCAAAACUAUCACCAACACACCUGGCUGACUAAUCACCAAGCACCACACCAAUGGAUGUUAACCAACAUCAGCUGCGACAGGAGGGUUGAAGGGAGAAGGGGGGGGCUCUGCCCAAGGGUAGGGGAAUUGUAACUUGUCAACAUGUUACUCUGGACUAACGCUAGGUUUAUAAGAACCUUUUUUGGAUUAUCACAACAAAAACAUGGAAGUGUAGAUUGGGUCCAGGAUUCUCGUUCAGGGCUCUUGUCCAAUCCACCUUCCCCUGCUUUUACGUGAAAAACCACACAAGCCAAUUGGAGAGAAAGGACACCUGUUUCCUUUGCUCUGCAGCCAAUAACCACUCUUUUCAGCAAAUAGAAAGACAUCCACUGCCCACAAGCUCCACAAUUAUUUUUCUGCUGUUUGUUACCUGCAUGUCAGACAAACUAAAAUGCCUGUUCUUUUUAAUUUCAGUGGACUUUCAUAGCUAAAUUUGUCUAAUUUAUUUUUCAUGGUCUAGAAGCCUGUCAAUAUCGGGUAUCAGGUUCAGCUUACUUUAUUUAUAUAUGUUGGUAGAUUUGGUUUGCAGUGGAUGAGUUCAUACAUUUGACAAAUGUUUUUACAAAGACAACCCAAACAUAAAACGACAUAAAAAAAUAUAAAACAACAAGAUUUUAAAAAACAACGCACACAUUGUAUGACAUGAUAAAAAUAAAACAUGAUAAAAAGUUCUCCACGUUCCAAUCAACAUUUAAAAAA